GGACGGCCCCGAAGCGGCCGGGACUCUGCUCGCAGGUGCCGCCUGGGAGAGGGGCGGGCCCUCGGCAGACGCUUGGCUCCCGGGCCGCAGCUUUUUUGCCCGAGCCAGGCGGCGAGCCGGACCCCGGCGCGGUCUCAGCCAAGGGGACCGUCUGCCAGCCCGGGAGGCUGCUCGGCCGAGGCCUGGGGUUCCCAGAAAGGAGGUAGUUUCUUACGUUUUUGUUUCCCCUUCCUUCCAGAAGCUCAAGGCCUCGCGUUUUAUACGGGAGCUUAACAGGCUUUGUUAGGCCGAUGCAGAGAGAAGUUCCUCCCCUUGAGGUUAAGCCCUGGGGCUCCAAAGUGUUACCCUCACGUUGAGGCUAGACAUUAAUUUAAAUGGCGACUGAUCUGUCUGAAGCUGAUCCCGCACACCGUAAGGCACUUCCACUCUUAACAGGAGCUCCCCUGGACAAGUUGAGUGAGACGGUCGAAGACGGCGCCAUGCCAAUCCGCCGGGCGGUGAAUUCCUCUUCUCGGGAAACUCCUCCCAAAAGCAAGCCUGCUGAAGGUGAGGAGGCCAAGCCAGAGCCGGAUGUCAGUUCGGAAGAAUCCGCCUCCACAGUGGAGGAGCAGGAGAAUCCGACGCCCCUGGCUCCCCCCAGCGAGACAGAGCCACCAAAGGAGCCUCCGGAGGAGUCGAAGGCAGAGGUGAAGCCUGCUGAGGAAGCCAAGAAGGAGGAGAAGGAUCCGGCAAAGGAGAAGGAGAAGAAAGUGAAGAAGACCAUUCCCGCCUGGGCUACCCUCUCUGCCAGCCAGUUGGCCAGAGCGCAGAAGCAGACGCAGAUGGCAGCUUCCUCUCGGCCCAAGAUGGAUGCCAUUUUGAUCGAAGCCAUCAAGGCGUGCUAUCAGAAAGGCGGGGCGUCGGUGGUCGCCAUCCGGAAGUACAUCAUCAGCAGGUACCCUUCACUGGAGCUGGAGCGGAGGGGGUACCUCCUGAAGCAGGCCCUGAAGCGGGAGCUAGAGCGGGGCGUCAUACGACAGGUGAAAGGAAAAGGAGCUUCUGGAAGUUUUGUGGUGGCCCCAAACUCAGGGAAAGUGGCAUCCAAGUCCAGGGACCGGAAGAGGAGCUCGUCAGCUGCUGGCCCAGAGCAGCACGUCAAGCUGGAGGAUGUUCUCCCACUGGCCUUCACCCGCCUGUGCGAGCCAAAGGAGGCCUCCUACAGCCUGAUCAAAAAAUACGUGUCCCAGUACUAUCCCAAGCUGAAGGUGGACGUCAGGCCCCAGCUGCUGAAGAACGCCCUGCAGAGGGCGGUGGAGAAGGGCCAGCUGGAGCAGAUCACAGGCAAGGGGGCUUCCGGCACCUUCCAGCUGAAGAAGUCUGGAGAGAAGCCGCUGCUUGGUGGAAGCCUGAUGGAGGACGCCAUCCUGUCUGCCAUCGCAGCCAUGAACGAGCCCAAGACUUGCUCCACCACCGCUCUGAAGAAAUAUGUCCUGGAGAAGCACCCUGGGACAAACUCCAGCCUCCAGGUUCAUCUCCUGAAGAGGACUCUGCAGAAGUGCGAGAAGUAUGGCUGGAUGGAGCAGAUCUCCGGCAAGGGCUUCAGCGGCACCUUCCAGCUGUGUUUCCCCUACUAUCCGAGCCCCGGCAUUCUGUUCCCCGAGAAGCAGAAGCAGGAGGACGAGGAGGAGGAGGUGGAAGACGAGGAGGAGGAUGAGGACGACGAGGACGAGGACGAGGAGGAUGAGCCGCCUCCAAAGAAAAGGAUGCCAAAGCGGCCCCCGCCAAAAGCCCGGAACAGGGCCCCUCCCCUGGUGAAACGACGGGAGGCCAAGCCCACGGCCCGGAAGGCCCCCUUGGCACACCGUGGGAAAGCCAAGCUGCUGCCGCCGCCGCCGCCCCCCAAGGUGAAGAAAGCCAAGCCGGCC